AUGACAUUGUUAUCAGCCACAGGAUUUCAAAAGUUCUUUCAAGAUCUGGACGAAGAUUGUAUAGUCCCAGCCGGAGGAAUUAUCGACAAGUACAAGUCGCGUUUGAUGCAAUUAUUUCCCAUAGAUCUGGCGUCAAACUUCGACCCCGCAAGAUUGUUGCACUCCAUUCAUUACGGAACCGUUAUUAUCGAAGCGAAGGACGGAGGCUCGAUUCUACGAGACUUCGUCUUUCGGCAAAUUCUAACUUUGGAUCGAGAAAUUCAAAAUUUCUUUGUUGAUGAAGACGACGGAUGGAACUACAAAGACAUUUGUGCUAAAAAUAAUGGAAAGUGCUACGAAAAUAAAAUUCUUCGUAUAGACAAUAAACUGAUAGCAUUGAAAAACGGAAAAUUUCGAUUGAAAUAUCCAAUUGGCAAUACGAGCAGAAAUUACGACGUUUUAACUUUGGGCGGUGUGGAACUGAACGAAGAGGGAUGCCUAAUAUCUGCUAAGGCUGUUAAAUUGUUCUAUUUUCUAGACGAUUCGAAUAAAUGGGCGGAAGAAAAAGCAAUAAUGUGGGAAAAUCGAUUCGUAGAUUUCUUGAAUAAAGUGAACUUUUCUCAUGUGAAAAUAAGUAAAGACGUGUCGCUUUCUAGAGAUGAAUCUAAAAAGCAAUUAUUUAACUCUAUUCUAAAAUAUAUUCCAGGUUCUGUUUUCUUGAUGCUUACGUUUACCGUUGUCAGCUGUUUAUGGCCAGACUUUCUUCGAAGUAAACCGUGGACCGGAAUCGUGUCUUCGAUAGCCACUGGAAUGAGUUUAAUAUCGGGGUUCGGCUUAUUACAGUAUGCGGGUCUUGGAGUGUCUCCUGUAACAAAUAUAAUUCCAUUCCUUGUUUUAGGUAUUGGUAUGGACGAUACAUUUGUUAUGUUAUCAGCGUGGAUGAAAACCGAUCCAAAGAAAUCUGUGGAAGAAAGAAUGACCGAAACAUUCACCGAGUCGGGUGUUUCUAUCACAAUCACUUCUCUGACUAAUGUUGCAUCGUUUCUAGUAGGAAUAUUCAUUGCCACUAUACCUGUAUAUAAGGAACUUUGCGUGUUCAUGACAACGUGUUUGCUCUUCGACUACAUUUAUCAAAUUACGUUCGUUGCAGCGACUUUAGUUCUAUGUGGAAGAGCGGAAGAACAACACUUGCAUUCGUUGGUAUUUACGAAGCUUCCACAGAAUAAAAACUUUUGUCAAAAAAUCUUCUGUUUUGUGCGUUCAGAUGUGCCGAAUGAAAAAGAUCAUAAAAACGUUAUUGCUUUUACUGAAUUUAUAAAGAAUUUCAACAGGAUAUUUAGGAACAAGAUGACGGCAGUCUUUAUCUUAUUAAUAUAUUUUACUUAUUUGGGACUUUCAAUUUGGGGAUUAACAAAAUAUUCGUACGAUCAAGAAUUAGAUAUGAAUUUAAUUCGAGGUACUUAUCGAUAUAAUUAUUACAGAACAAAUGAAAAGUAUUACAAUCAAUAUAAGUACAGGUUACAAUUGUUCAUCACACAGGAACUCGAUUAUUCAAAUCGCACAAUACAACAAAAUAUUGAAAAUAUGCUACAGACUCUCGAAUCGGAUCCUCUGAUCGCUGCAUCUUUGACCGAAUCCUGGCUAAAAAGUUAUUUAAAAUUUUUUGACGACAACAGAAUUAACUUGUUCCUUACCGGAUAUGACAUUACAAAUUCGAAAGAUUUCGUUUUCGUUCUGCAUAAAUUAUUCUUACGCAUUCCAGAAGCGAAAAGAUUCAGACAAGACAUCGUUUUCGAUGAUUCCUUCACCAAAAUCAUGUCUACUCGUUUCUUCCUUCAAACGAACGUUACGAGUAACGGAAGCCAUUUCUACAAGCAAUUUAAACACCUUCAAGAAACGUUGAAUUUUUUUCCAUUUACAACUGUCGUGUAUCAUCCAUUGUUUUACUUUUUCGACGUUAUCGACGCCAUACCUACGACAGCAAUUCAGACUUUAGGCAUUGUGUCGAUAACCGUUUCUAUUAUAUCUGCCAUGUUGUUACCAAAUGUCAUUUGCAUCGUCUGUGUGUUAUUCAGCGUAAUCUCGGUAGGAGCGGGUGUUUUGGGUUUUAUGUUCAUUUUUAAUCUGGGACUUAAUCUGACUUCCUUGGCUAUUUUAAUUGUUGUUAUCGGAUAUUCUGUCGAUUACGCGGCUCACGUUUCCUGCGCGUACAUAUCUGCGAAAAAAAGUAGUCCCGACAAACGUUUGGAAAAUGCAAUAAGCUUGACAGCAAUUCCUAUCGUACAAGGAAGCGUGACUACGAUUCUUGCCAUUAUAACAGCAUUAAACGUUUCGGAGAAAGAAAUAUUGAUAACGAUAAAUGUUGUCAUUUUAGCUUGUGUAAUCGCUGGAAUUCAUGGACUUACAUUUGUUCCAAUAAUUAUUUCUAUCAUUGAUAGAAUUUUUCAAAAAUGUCGUUUUUUCAAAUCGAAGUGCAAAAGUUCAAAUUCUUUCGGUCCAAAUGUACCAUUGCCUCUCGGUGCCCGCAGGUUGGAAACAGUUUACAGUCUUAAUGUUGCAGAACGAGACACAGAUCUGUAA